AUGGAGAGUUCACUUCGAGAGUAUCAAGCUGAUGGUUACCAAUUUCACUCGCUUGCCUCAAUGAUUUACACGCACAAUGGUUCAAGUGGUUAUGGGAGAAAAACUGAUAUCUACGAGUUAGAAAAUAAUGAGUGGAAGUGUACAAAUUCUUCUCCAGAAGUACGUAUCCGCACAUGUAUUGAUGUGUCUUUGAAUGGAAAUUUAUAUUGGAUUGUUUAUGAGACCGAUAACUAUCUUAUCCAAAGUUUCGAUUUUUCGAAAGAAGUAUAUAGAGUUUUUUGUGUUCUACCGUGGAAUACGAACUCUUACAAUUUCCCAGCCCUCUCAACCUUUAAGAAAGAUCGACUUUCAGUGUUAAAAAGAAUCAAUGGAGCAAAUAAUAUAAUUGAGGUUUGGGUGACAAAAAACAAGAUUAAUAAUGACGAUGGGAAGCAUGUAACGUGGAUAAACUUCAUGACGGUUUCUGUACCUUUUUUUUUGGGCAUUCGUCCAAGUUACUUCAUCGAUAAUGUUUGCAAAAAGAGUCUUGUCAUCUGUUGUAAGGAUGAAAAUGAACAGCUUUGCAUUUAUAUUGUGAGGGGCAAUGCGUUGACGAAGAUUCAAAUAGACGUUGAGGCUAAAGAUUAUAUUAAUCAUUGUUUCUAUGUUCCCAGUUUGACACCAAUUCCUGGAAAGAGUUCAGAUUUUCAAAACUAA